AUGGCACAGGAAGGAGUUGAGCUCUGCUUUCCACAACUCCUCAACUCCUCCUGCUGGAAACCAGAGCCUCCUCCUUCUCACACUGUGCUUAUUUACAUUCUCUUGUCUUCCAUCUUUGUUCUCACUGCAGCUCUCAAUCUGCUGGUCAUCAUCUCCAUCUCCCACUUCAGGCAGCUCCACACACCCACCAACUUCCUCCUCCUCUCUCUGGCUGUCUCAGAUUUCCUUGUGGGCUUUGUGCUGAUGCCAGUUGAAAUACUCCUGACAGAGACCUGCUGGAUCCUGGGUGACCUCAUGUGUGCGCUGUAUUAUCUGCUACCUGUCACCAUAAUCAUUGCGUCUGCAGGAAACAUGGUACUCAUAUCCAUUGACCGCUACAUGGCCAUUUGUGACCCUUUGCAUUACCCCAUCAAAGUCACUCAUAAAACUGCUUCAGUGUGUGUUUUCCUGUGUUGGAUCUUUUCUGCUUUCUAUAGCAUUAUCCUUUUACAUGAUAACCUGAAGCAACCAGGCAGGUAUAAUUCCUGCAAAGGACAAUGUAUGGUCAGCAUUGCAGGAGCUGUUGAUCUUGUUGUUGGCUUCAUUAUUCCAAUUACCAUCAUCAUAAUUCUGUAUAUGAGAGUUUUUGUGGUGGCUGUGUCUCAGGCUCGUGCCAUAAAGUCCCACAUUACAAGUGACUCGCUCAAGCGUUUGACGACGAUGAAAGUUAAGAAGUCUGAAAUAAAAGCGGCCAGAACGCUUGGUAUUCUUGUACUUGUGUUUCUGAUGUGUUACUCUCCAUAUUACUGUGUGUCUCUCACAGGCCAUGACAUCCUGAUCGGUUCUUCAACUGAGGCCUUCAUGAUUUUCUUGAUGUAUUUUAACUCCUGUCUAAACCCAGUCAUCUAUGCCCUUUUCUACCCCUGGUUUAAAAAAGCUAUUCGACUUAUUGUUACAUUUCAGAUCCUGCUGCCUGACUCCCAUAAGGCCAACUUGCUGUAG